AUGCCUCCUUUGAAGGUGCAUUCUACGCCCAACGUGGCCGCGCGCGCAGAUGGCAAGCUUUCUUCUUUCUCGGCACCAUCGACGUCUAUCAGGCCCAUUCAUUCAGAUGGCUCCUGCAGACAAGCCGCUCAAAAUUACUUUGUCCGCUUGCUGUUGUCAGUCAUCGCCGCUCGACGUCCCAAAUAUGCCUCAGGAAAGGCAUCGGGUAUGCAGGCACAAGCCAAAUCAGGUAGUUUAGAUUUUGACCUGCAGACAACAAACAGCAUCGGGGCGAAUUUUGACAUAGGCUACGGGAAUACUGCUGAGAUAUUACUCAAAGCUCUAACUUCACCCGGACUUGAUUCAUGA